UAUCUAAGAAGAGCGAUCAAAACUUCCCCAUAGAAAAAUGGCGACUUGGGCCAGGUUAGGUGUUAGUUUGCGGAAUAUACUCAGAAGUUUGUCGUCUCACAGAAAUGUAUGGUAUAGUCGUGCUAUUGGGGCGGGACUGCUGGGAGCUGUUUUGGUAGGCGGAUUUACUCGUUAUAAGUAUGAACCGCAAUGGAAAUUGUGGCGACACAUCGUGUACGCGGAGGAGGCGGCGAAGAAAGUGGAGACCACAGUGGCAUCAAUUUCAGCAAGGCGUCUGCGAUUUAACCAGUUUGCCUCCAUGAUCUAUGAACAGGAACCAUAUAUGACACCUAGAGACUUUCUCCAUUCAGUCAUGCUGGAGAAGGUGGACCCAAAAUAUUGUCUCAGCAAUCCUCAGUCUUCCUCUCUUACAGACAAACUACAGAAAAAGAUGCUGACCAAAAGAGAUGUGGAGGAGAUGAUGAAGGUGGCUUCCAAGUCUGAGGCAGGAAAUAAUCUAUUCAGAGGAAUCGGAGACAAAGGGCUUAUCUCUUACACAGAGUACCUGUUUCUCCUCACUAUUCUUACAAAACCUCAAACAGGAUUUCAUAUUGCUUUCAAAAUGCUUGAUAUUGAUGGCAAUGAGCAUGUGGACAAGAAAGAGUUUCAGAAGCUGAAGAAAAUAAUUUGCCCAAGGAAAAAGCUUCUAAAGCAGGGUGGGACAGAGGGUUCAGAUACAGUUGAUGAGGUCAACACCACACUACAGGUGUUCUUCUUUGGGAAAAAUGGCAAGAACAAACUCCAGUACAAUGAUUUCUGCAGGUUUAUGGAAGACUUGCAAGCAGAGGUGCAAGAAAUGGAGUUCCUGGAGUUUUCUAAAGGGAUGAAGACCAUGAGGCGGGAGGACUUUGCUGAAUGGCUACUUCACUUUACCAACGAAGAAGACAAUGAGGCAUACUGGGAAAACAUGCGGAAGAGGAUCCCCUCCGGACAGAACAUCACCUUUGAUGAAUUUAAAGCAUUCUGUCUCUUUACCAACCACCUGGAGGACUUUGCCUUGUCAGUCAAAAUGAUUAGUGAUGCCAGCAAGCCAAUUGGAAUAGCUCAGUUCAAACGAGCAGUGACGAUAGCUACAGGUCAAGAGCUUUCUGAGAACAUUUUGGACACAGUGUUUAAGAUCUUUGACCUGGAUGGGGACAACUGUCUGAGUCAUAAAGAGUUUCUCGCCGUGAUGAAAGACCGAGUACUUCGUGGGCUCAGGGUUCUACCCCAGUAUGGCUUUUCUGAUUACUGGAAAUGUGUGAAAAGAGAGACACUGCAAGCAGCUAAAGAGGCACUUCGGGAAACCGGCAGCCCUGUCUGACAGGAGAAGGUCUGGCUGGUAUA